AUGCGCUUACUCCACACUAGAGACCUCCGAGUACAGGAUUUUGCCCCAAGCGAAGCCCCUAGGUCAUAUGCUAUCCUUUCUCACACAUGGGAGGAGGAAGAAGUCACCCUCCAACAUAUGGAAAAGGGGGAUGCAUCAACAAUGAAAGGCUAUCAGAAACUCAGGAGUAGCUGUCAAAGAGCAAUGAAAGAUGGGUACGAUUGGAUCUGGAUCGACACCUGCUGCAUUGACAAAACAAGUUCGGCGGAGUUAGGCGAAGCCAUUAACUCAAUGUUCACAUACUACGGACAUUCUGCUGUUUGCUAUGCAUAUUUAGCCGACAUUGAGAACCCCGAAGGCUUCGGCAAAAGCAGAUGGUUUACACGCGGCUGGACGCUACAGGAACUUCUUGCGCCGCGGCAUCUCAUCUUUUUCGAUAAAUCUUGGAGGGAGCUUGGAACAAAGCAAUUCUUCUCUAAACGAAUAUCUUCUGGCACUGGAAUUCCAGAGGAGGCAAUUCUUGGUACAUCUGUCCGGACUUACAAUGCAGCUCAGCGAAUGUCAUGGGCUUCCCGAAGACAAACCACGAGAGCAGAAGACAUCGCAUACUGUCUUCUCGGUCUCUUCGAUAUCCAUAUGUUCCCUAUCUACGGUGAAGGUACGGAACGAGCGUACAUUCGCCUACAAGAAGAGAUCCUUCGUCAGAGUGAAGAUCAUACAUUAUUUCUCUGGACCCCAAAACAUGAUCCUUACAAUCAAGGCUUACUAGCCAGCUCGCCUGAAGCAUUCUGUACCCACCCCGAGUGUUUUACCUGGAUGCCUCAAGAGCUGUGUGAGAGCCAACCUACCUUCGAUCCAUACAUGUACUUAAUAAGACAACCUAGCAACGUCUCAAAAUAUCUGUUCAAGCUCGAUACAAAGACUUAUCGAACUGGGCUUAUCCCAACCGAACACCAGGAAUUCCGGACUCCAGCGUCGCCGUCUCUUGGGCCGACAGGCUUACAGAUUUCCCUUCUCUCUAAUAUUAGGGAUGAAAGCGAAGACUCACGAGUUAUGGGGACUGAGUUGAAGAUCAUUAUGUUCGACGUCCUACUCCAUGGGCCGGAUUUUCGAGCCCCUAUUCAUCUUUAUUUACGGCGGGAAAGAGCGCCUGAACAUCAGGACGGCUUCGUGCCUCAUCGACUAGGCGUAUGGAGGCGCCCAACCUACUCCGAACUACAAACCUCGUAUUUCACUAAAGCUCCUCCGUUUUCAUUUCAACGAGUGCCGGUCGCAGUCUCCCAAGUUGAAGCCAUCGUGCCCUAUUCCGGACAUGACCUUAAUUUUGUUGUUAGUGGGAACCAGAGCGAGGAACUCAUUGAUUGUGUACUACUUGUGGAUUCGGACGGUUCUUUGAAGAAUAUCUCCAAUCCACGGGAGCCUUUCAAAUGUCGUGCAGGUGUUGUUGUUUUGCAGCACUCUUGCGUUCAAUGCGACAUGCAAAUCAAGGCUGUACUGUACUUUGGAGGCCAUGGCACAGUCUACCAGCCAUGGUGCUAUUUGACCCAUUUGACCCCUCCGGGAAAAUAUGAACCUUCAAGAGAGGACUUAUUUGAGCGACAUGACCUGGUAAGUCGUGAAAGUGCUAGAUUUGGUCCUCGAUCGAGUUGGCAUAUGUCAUGCAAUGUUGAAAUGAAGGUUCAAAUCGAUUUGAAGUCAGACCAGGAUUUUUACUUCAUUAUGGUAAGCUCAGCAAAGAAGGAAGUCUACCAUGUACAAUAA